AAUUUAGGCCCAUUUUCUGUGCAAAGAUUUUCAUUCGGCCUUGGUUCUCUUUUCAAAGGAAAAAAGCAGCACACAUUAUAAAAAUUAAAAAAAAAAUACAAAGAAUUAAAAAAAUCCCCACAAAAGUUAGUCUUUUCAUGUAUUUUCCUGUACUCACGUCAUGCCUGUGCGGUGACGUCACGACCGCACAGGGACUCUCAGACCAAAGAGAGGUGAAAAAAAGAAAAGAAAGAGUAACAGAAGUAGUCAAGGCGCUUGUGGAAACAGGAAGCAAAGAGUGGGUGACGCCAAGCAGGUCAAAAACUUUCAGAAAGGGACAAUUCUGCCGUGAUUUUAAGCUCUGUAUACUGUCAACACUGCGGUUGUUUAGAGCGCGAGGACUUUCCGUCCGUUGCCUGGACACCCGCUCGCGCUGAAGUGGACGAACCAACGGCUACGAGAUCAGAGGGCUCGGUUUAUUUACUCCCCCUGGCCGCUCACCACACAGGAAUUAACCAUAAGUUAGCGUCAUUGUAUUGGAAGUUCCAGAGUGAAGGCACGCGCAGGCAGGCUGAGCUAGCGCGCGAGCUAUCGACUUAGCCGCUAAUGUCAACUAAAACAUGGAAGGAGAGGUACAUGUGUUACAUAACAUCCAAACGCAAUUAUAUCAUCGACUUUUGACACCCCUGAAGCACAGGGUGAUUUAAUCGCCAAAGAGUAAAAUAUUCGCGAACACAUCUUGUUUUUGGGAGAGAUGGAGUCCAACUCGCUCAUCAGUGCGAUGGAUCCGUCCAUUACAUUAUGGCAGUUCCUGCUACACCUGCUGGAUGAUCAGAGUCAGAAGCACCUGAUCUCCUGGACGUCUGGGGAUGGGGAAUUCAAGCUGCUGGACGCUGAGGAGGUGGCCAGACUCUGGGGGCUGCGCAAGAAUAAAACCAACAUGAACUACGAUAAACUUAGCAGGGCACUUCGUUACUACUACGACAAGAAUAUUAUCAAGAAGGUUAGUGGGCAGAAGUUCGUCUACAAGUUUGUGACCUUCCCCGACCCCAACUCUGCUGAUGGGCUAAAAGGGACUGAGGAUGCCCAGAAGGCCACUGCAGGGGACAAAUUGGAGCUGUCCAUCCAGACCAAAUCUGUAGAUGGCACAAACACCACCACCACAUGUCUGAGCAAGAACCUGCAGGUACAGCGCUCCUCCCCCAGCUCAGUGCAGCGCAGCUCCCGCAACGAUUACAUGAAGUCUGGCCUGUACUCCACCUUCACUAUCCAGUCCCUGCAAAUGCCUUGCAAAACCACAUCCAAACCCAUCAAAACAGAGCACAUACUGAGUGAUGGCAGCCCCAAAGCUGCCCAUCUGGACCGGACAGUACAUGAGGUGCGUGUCUGUCAGACAGAAGGACAGCAGGGUAGUGUUCAGGCCCAGUCGACUGUAGAAAGCAGUAGUCUGCAGGUGAUAGUCACCCACCCGUCUCCAUGUGCUACACCUGCCCUCAGCCCUCAGACACCCUCCAGCUCUACCACUGCAACCACGCUCUCCAUUCCACAGAAUGCUCAAGCACAGAAGAGCCAGAGUCUGGGUGACCCACCACAGAUCUACCUGUCUGAUCCCAGCUCUCUGACUUCCCUCAUUCCUCUGGCUCAUGGAGAGUGUGUGGUCAACCCCUCUCAGCCUGUGUUUGUGGUUAUUAAACCUUCUGUAGGGCUGCCCAAAGAGUCCAGCUUCCCACCUGAGGAAGACCUGCUGGAGAUUGUCAAUCUGGAUGAAAAAUCAGAUGUUGAGGUGAACAGAUGUGUCACAGUCAUUUAUGAAUCAUUCAGUGCUCAGCCAGUCUCAACAGUACCUGUGUCUGGAGUUACAGAUGCCCCCAUCCAUGUAGACACCCCGUCACCCUGUGUGGAGCCUGCAGCCCAGCCCGUCUGGGAAGGAGAGGUGAAAGAGAAGCCUGAACUUCCUGAGGACACCAACACUGCUUCAAUAUCCCUCCCAGCAAACCAACAGGAAGUUCAGCCUCCUAAAUCAAAGAAGCCACGUGUACUGGAGCUGCCAUCCUCUUCCACGCUGCUGCCUCCUGGACUCUCACUGGACAAAGUCAAUGCAGCGGUGAACAGUCUGCUGGCCCCUGGCAGUGCCACUAACAGCUUAACACCCACAGUCAUCACCUCACAUGCCCUGACUCCAGUGCUGUUGACACCGAGUCCUCUCCCAUCAACCAUUCACUUCUGGAGCACGCUCAGUCCAAUCGCUCCACGCAGCCCUGCCAAGCUCUCCUUCCAGCUGGACUGCUUCUCAGAAAAGCAUGUGAGCAUCCUCUGGUGGACAGUGACCGCAGUGCAGAGUUUUGAAUGCACAUAGGUUGUUAGGUUUACAUGAACAGUUCCCUUCCAACGGAAGCAAUCAGAUCCAGAUCCCAGCACUGAGUGUGGACGGCCUGUCCACGCCUGUCGUUCUCUCCCCUGGACCACAGAAACCAUAACAUGGGAUUAAUUCCCUUAAAUUCUAUUGAUGCUAUUUGCUCCCUUCCCAGCCAGUGAGGUGCUGAGGACCAGCAAUGAAAAGAUGGAACACUCCAUAACAAGUUCUGCUUGAUGUUGGGCGGAGCGUCUGCUCCAAUGAUGACUCUGCAAGAGGAGUGCACUCUCAGCUGUCCUUCGUGAUUGGUUGACGGAGCAGCCUGGUUCUGGGCUUGUUGGUGGCAUUUCAUAGGAGUAUUUGCUCUUUUUAUUUCUCAUUUUAUAAUAUAUUUAUUUAUUUUUGUUGUCUCAAGACAGUAUGAUUCUAGUGCAUCUUGAGAUGCACUUUUCUGAAUUACGUUUUGAAUCGAGAACUUUGGUGGUCUCAUUUUUUAAAUAUAUUUUUUCACCAUAGCAUAGUGAGUUAUGGACCAGACUAGGUAAUCUUUCAUUGAAUAAGGGCAUACUUUACAGAUGGCACAUUGCUUUCUCAAAAACUUUUUCCUUACUUUGUGAAAAUGGAAAGCAUGCUUUUGAAGUCUGACAGAAGACGUUCACUCGCACGGGUUAUCACAAGUUUAGUUCAUUCUUUGGCAUUACAGAAACUCAAUUUGUACAAGAAGCAACACUGUUGUUUUAUACAUUCUGUAUUGUUUUUCCAUGGACAGAGGAGUCCUUUUGCUGAAGAGGCAUUGAAAAUGCCCAAGGAAUGUCAUGGCCAUUCCCAGGAUUUGAAGAGGCAGAACCAGGGGAGGAAAAGAUACAGAAUAAUUGCUCAAAUAUCAAGAUCUGGAAUGUAUUGAUAUUAUCUAUUUCUUAUGACAUCAUUCUUUUAUUUCAAAACUUUCAUCUUGUAAAUACACUUUGCACCCAUUCCAAGUUUUGACCGAUUUGAUUUUUGUUUUUUUUAAUCAUUUUAUAAAGGAGCCCUUUCUCUGGCAGCAUCUAAAAAGAAGAAGGUUUCAAAAGUGUCGCGUUCGUGGUUUUCACAAAAACGCCGGAGGAGACCAAAGACCAGCUGUUUAUAUACAAACCAUCUCAGCAUCUUUAUCUAUUUGUCAAAAUGUAUCUCUUUUUUCAUUCUCAGUCUCUCUCGCUCUCCAUCUUGCUGUCAUUCUAUUUUUAACCUGCCGCAUCAAAGGGCUAUAACCUUCACGCUACCAAAACACUCACUUUUAACACUGUAUAUAUAGCUUAUACAUCUGACACGCCAGCUACAUGUGUAAUACUCUUUGUAAAUAUUUGAAAUAAUUUAUGGCAGAAUGAGCGGUAUGUAGCUUCUGCUGCUUUUGAUAUUGUUAGUAAUUUUGUGUUAACUGUGGCCGCCUCUUAUGCUAUGUUUGUCUGAUGUGUUAAAAUCACACGUACGGUUGUCACUUCAAAGCUGUCAACAGCUCGAUGUGUCAAAGUGAAAGUCGAGGCAGGCACGCAAAUAUGUUGUGACUUUUUUUUACUGACAAAGCAAGCCAACAAUUAUUUGCAUAUAUUUUUGUGCUUGAAGUUUCCAAGUGUGUGAAGCUCAAGUUUUCUGGUGGGAAAUCAUGAUGGUUAUAUAUAGAAUUCUAUAGAAAGCUGUAUUGUUUAUGGACAGUAACUGCCUCCACGCAAUGCAGCCUGAUUUUGCCUAGCUCACACUGUCAUCCUUAUUUUAGAUUUGAACCAUCAGUGUCUUUGCGUUUGGAACAUUUACACUAUUUAUAUCUGUGCUUUAGUUGUUUUAAAGAGACUUCUUGUUUGAUAUCUGCGUAAUUGUAAUGAAUUGGGAGGUUUUGCUCAUUGUAUGGAGCUUUCGCUCUCAUGUGCCUCCUCUUCAAGUUCUUAGAUUGUGUUUUUUGCUCUUCUUAGGGUGCAAGUACGUAUUUCUUAAGCAUGACGCACCCCAUGACUGAUUUGUUACAUUUUAAACCAAUUCAAACUGAACUAAUCUCAGUUGAUGACUGUUUGCUUUAGGUAAAGCUCUUGAGAAGAGUUUUGAAGAAUCAGUAUGUAGAUCACUGAUUGUUCACCGCAUAUCUUGGUGGGCUCUGAUAAAAAUGGCAGUUUCAGUAAGUUGUUUACAAUGGAAGUUAAUUGGGUCAAUCCAUAAACAUUAAAAUACACACUGUUUCAAAAAUAUAGCCACAAGACAUAAACAUUAUACAUUUUAACAUGAUUUUAGUGUGAUAAAAUCGCUUACUAGUCUUAUCAAUGUAAAGUUAAAUCCAAUAUUACAUCUUCGUCGCUAUAACAACACAAUGCCGGUAAACCUUGUAAGUGAUUUUAUUACACUAAAAUCAUGUUAAUCCUUUAAGCUAGAAAAAAAAAAAAUGGUCAAAAUAUUGAUAACUACAGUCUUGACCCAAACAAAAUAGGUAUCGUUUGAAAGAUUAGAAGCUGUACUUUCCAAUGCAUGCAGGCAUUAUCACCAAAACUGAACAAGUGCUUUGAAAUUUGCAGAUAAAUCAGAAGUGUUCCGUUUUGAUAAUUUAUUAAUCAUUUUGCACUAUGCAUAUUAUUGCAAUCAGUAAAAGCAUCAAACUGAUCAAAUAGCCAUGUGUCAUAUGUUGUUGGAAAGUUCUCGAGUAGAAUAUAACCAGCCUAUUAGUAUACAAAAUAUAGUGAGUAAUAGCUAAGUAUAUGUCUUUAAUUAUGUUGGUGUUGCAUAUAUGCUGCAUUUUCGCUUAUAACUUAGUGCUAUAACUUUUGACUGCUUUGUUGCAUCAACACACAUUUUUUCUUAAAUACAGUUGACAUGAUUGGGAACAAAACAAAAGCAGUUUUUCUGAGCUACCUUAUUUAUACCCAGAAAUUUAUAAUGUCAAAUAAGAAGAAAAGUACAUUUCAGCAGUUUCUUAGGCUGAGAGUCUCAGAAUUUAUCAUAAUCUAUAUUAUUAAAAAAUGUGAAAAGUUUUCUUUACAAUGAUACCAAACGCCCUCCUUGUUUUUUUGGUUUGGUUUGGUCAAGUUAUAAGCCUUUCAUUUUCGGUUUGUAACGUUUAUGGACUUUUCCCAAUUCAUUUCCACUCCUAUAACCACAAUUAUUAUAAUUUGGUUUAAAUAAGCAAGGGACGAGUUAAAAUAAUUUUCUGUGAUAAUCAACAGUACAAUUAAGCUUAACUUGUAUUGAACACUGAACAUUCCUUUUAUAGGAAUAGUUUGCCCCAAAAUUUAAAUUGUCAACAUUUACUCACCCUCAUGUCGAUCCAAAAGCCAUGUGGCUUUUUUCAUCCCAUUGAACACUAAAGGAGAAAUUAGGCAGAGUGUUACCCUUAGUCACCAAUACAAUGAAAGUGAAUGAGACUAAUGUUGUGCCUAACGUCUCCUUUUAUUUCCCACAGAAGAAAGUCACAUGGGUUUGAAAUGCAUAUGCGUGAGUAAAUGAUGACAGAAUUUUUGUUUUUGGGUGUACUAUCCCUUUAAAUCCACAGAGCGGCCAGACCCUAGUAUCUGUUUUGGGUUAGGUUGGAUCGAAUUACACAAAUUGAUUUUCAUAGGUAAGUUACUUGUGGUUCCUUUGUAAUAUAUAUUAGGCAAAAUAAUAACUAAGCCUGCAAUAUCAAAUAGCUCACUGAUUUGAAUUUAGUGAUUUGCGAGUAAUACUUUUCCCCAUUCAUAAUCUUCAACGUGGUGUGGCAAGUCUGCAGUACUGAAAUAUAAUGUCUGCUUUCAGCCAUCUGUCACUUUUUCUCUUAAACUUGUCCGGAUUUCCGGGAAGUGGAUUGGACUGCUUGUGCCUCAGAAUGUCUGAUUCAUUUCAAUGCUCUGUAAUGCACUGCGAAUGCGUUUUAACAGCUGAUGUCUUUGAGCUAGAUGACUCCUUUCCCGUUAUGAUGCUGCUGCUGCUGUUACCUUUACUGUACAUCAGAACAGAUCAAUAUACUGUGCACAAUUCCCUGAAUUCAACUAUUAGAUAGUGAUGACUUAAUUUAUACCCAAACAAGGGAUGUUUACAAAGCAAGUACCCUUAAAAAGUUCAAAAGCUUACAAAAGAUAAAAAUAGCAAGCCAUAUGUAUUUAAAACCUUUUCUGUUUUCGAAAAAAAAAUAGAAUAUAGAUAUGAUCGAAAAUGUAUUAUACAUAAAUAUAUUUUGAAAGACAUUAGAAUAGUGUUAUGGUCAGUUAUGCUCUGAAUUAAGACAUUUGUGCUGUUGUCUGAGAAGAAAAAGAGGUUUAAUAUUGUAAUUCUAAUGAGCUUUUGUCAUGUUGAUAAAAUAGCUGCCUCUUUUCAGAUAAUAAAAUUAAUGCUGCACGUCUCUGGACCUACAAAGACUGUUUGGGUAUCCUAAUACCACAUUAAAAUAAGCCUUAAAGUUGGAUUCCUGGUUAUGUGCUCAUCCAGUGGCAUCCCUUACUUUGUUCUUAAAACAGAAAAGUCCUCCCAGAAUAAUAUUUUCAUGUGGACAUCAGUAAUAUUGUGCUUAUAACAAGAAAAGCUCUUUUUAAUGAAAAUAAUAUUAAACUGAUCCCAGUUUCCUUAUCAGAAUUGUGCAAAAAUGUUAUUUGUGCAAGUUUUAAUUGUGCAAAAAAAUUGUGGUGACCAGCAUGAAGUAAUUGUUCUAGUUACUGAAACCUUUAUGCAAAUGAAGACACAUGUUACAUAAAAAAAGCCAUUUAUUGAUUCAUUGAUUUGACCAUAGGCACAGUGUUUCCUUUGUGAAGGAGUGUCUCUAAAUUAUUUCCAAAUACCAGCAUUUCUUGCCACUAAUGUAAAAGUUGCCAUUGUAAGAGUUAUCAAUAUUUCUUAUUGUAACAAACCCAAGUACCAAACUUGAGAUGGAGUUGAAACCAUUGUGGCUCAAAACUGUUAAGACAUAUUUGCCUCAUUUUGCUUUUCAAGUUAGUGAAUUUGAACAUCUGCUGUGUCAGAUGCUGUAAUAAGUCUUUUCACUUGUUUUUCUCUUUGAAAUGUUACGUGGGAACUGUUAUGUGUUGUAUUACUAUAUUCAAUAACGUGUUGGGAAAUUUUGCGCUAUGCGUAUAUUUGUGUAAAAACUGUCCACUAUUAGUGUGAAGUAAGCAUACAGGCCUGUUCGACUCACAGACACUUGGACUGUUGGGAAGCAGGUCUUUGUGGCCUGAGCUCCCUUUUUCCUGGAUGAGAAUAACUCUCUGGGGGUUUAUUUCAUAAAGGGACGGAGAGGCUUUUAUUUUUCUGAACUGUCUAAAUACUAUAUUAUAUGUACUGGAAAGAGAGACAAAACUAUUUUUCAUCUGCACAUUCUACUUUGUGUAUGUGAUAGAUAUUAAUCUUGUUUUCUAAAGACAAAAGAGACCUGGAACUCCUAGGAAAAGUAAAUAAAUGCUAUUUUGUUCUUUA